GUUAGAGGAGACAGUUGUGUUUAGAAAGGCAAGCAAUGAACUGAAGAUUAAACAUGUAUGGAAAUUAUCCUCACUUCAUUAAGUUUCCUGCGGGCUUUGGCAAUUCCCCGGUCCAUGCCAGCUCCACAUCUGUGAGCCUGUCAUCAAGCCUUUCCUCAGGAAAUUCAGUGGAGGGGCACCACAACUACCUAGAAGCCCCUGCAAACACCUCCCGGGCACUGCAGUCCCCCAUGAGCACCAUCGGGUCUCCAGUGAACGCGCUGGGUUCACCGUACAGAGUCAUUGCUUCCUCCAUCGGCUCGCAUCCCAUCUCGCUGCCUUCAGCCCCAGGCAUGAAUUUUGUGACACAUGCAAGUCCACAGCUCAAUGUCUUGAACAAUGUCAGCAUCUCAGAGGAUGUCAAACCCUUGCCAGGUCUCCCAGGGAUUGGGAACAUGAAUUAUCCAUCUACAAGCCCAGGAUCCUUAGCCAAACACAUCUGUGCCAUCUGUGGGGACAGGUCCUCAGGGAAGCACUAUGGGGUGUACAGCUGUGAGGGCUGCAAAGGCUUUUUCAAGAGGACAAUCCGGAAGGACCUGAUCUACACUUGCCGUGACAACAAGGACUGCCUCAUAGACAAGCGCCAACGCAACCGCUGCCAGUACUGCCGCUAUCAGAAGUGCCUCGCAAUGGGCAUGAAGAGGGAAGCUGUGCAGGAGGAGAGGCAGAGGAGUAGGGAGCGGAGUGAGAAUGAAGCUGAGUCCACAAGCAGUGGCAGUGAGGACAUGCCUGUGGAGAGGAUCCUAGAAGCUGAGCUGGCAGUUGAACCCAAGACAGAGGCAUACAGCGAUGUGAACACAGAGAGCUCGACAAAUGACCCUGUUACCAACAUAUGCCACGCAGCUGACAAGCAGCUCUUCACACUUGUUGAGUGGGCCAAGCGAAUUCCUCACUUCUCUGACUUGACCCUGGAAGAUCAAGUCAUUCUCCUUCGAGCAGGAUGGAAUGAGCUGCUCAUUGCCUCAUUCUCCCAUCGCUCUGUGUCAGUGCAAGAUGGCAUCCUUCUGGCCACGGGCUUGCACGUGCACCGCAGCAGUGCCCACAGUGCUGGCGUGGGCUCCAUCUUUGACAGGGUUUUGACAGAACUGGUGUCCAAAAUGAAAGACAUGCAGAUGGAUAAGUCAGAGCUGGGGUGCCUGCGAGCCAUUGUCCUGUUUAACCCAGAUGCUAAGGGUUUGUCCAGCCCUUCAGAAGUGGAAUCACUGAGGGAGAAGGUCUAUGCCACGCUGGAAGCCUACACAAAGCAGAAGUACCCUGAGCAGCCAGGGCGGUUUGCCAAACUCCUUCUGCGUCUGCCGGCACUGCGGUCCAUUGGGCUGAAGUGCCUGGAGCACCUCUUUUUCUUCAAGCUGAUUGGAGACACCCCCAUUGACACCUUCCUCAUGGAGAUGCUGGAGACACCCCUUCAGGUCACUUGAGGGUCUGGCCUCUCUCUGGCCAGACCCUGUCCCCACCGUGCCCCUGCACAACCUCCCACCCCUCCACUCUGAGCCUGUGAGAGCUCCCACCCUCCCUCCACUCCUCCUCGGUGGGAUUGUUGUGUUUUGUACAGCUGUAAAUCACCUCCUCUAACCCUCCCUGCCCUGGCUGUGGGAGGUCGCAGAUCCUCUGACCGGUUAACCAUUCCCCUACCCCCUGUACAGAUAAUUGCUUUAAAUUAUUUUUUCAUUCUCAAUAAAAACCAACAA